AUGUCCGAACAGAUCGAGAAGAUCGAAGUCGUCCAGGUCUCUGACACCCCCACCAUCGACGCCGUCGACAUCCAUCUCAACCAUGUCGCUUCCAUCGUGAUCGGAGCUAACGCCCAGAUUAUCGGCUUCACUCUCGCUAUCCUCGCCAUCACAGCAUCCCUCAGCGGCUACCGCCUCCUCCGCGGCCUGCAGCGCAGGCAAGAAGGCCGCUACACCCCCGGCGAGCAUCGCAUCCUCUGGGCCGUCCUCGUUGUUGCCUCAGCCUACGUCGGCCACAAGCUCUGGACCCGCCUGCACCUCGCCUUCCGCGUGCGCGACCUCUUCCUUGCACCUGCGUUUGCGGCCGGCUUCCUCUGGUGCGCGCAGUGGUGGCUGCGCGAGGAGCAGCUCCGCUACGCCGAGUACGACGCGCAGGACGCCAAGGCGAAGCAGGCCGCGAAGAAGGGAGGGAAGAAGGUCGAGUAG